GCUCGUCGUCACUACAGAUCCGUAUCUUCCGUCGGGAUGCGCUUUCGCUCACGACACGCGCUGGGCGUGCUCAUCGGGGCCGGCGUUCUCCUUGUCAUCUUUCUCACCCACCCCUUCUACGAGUCAUGGCACGGAUUCGAGGCAAUUAGCAAGAGCCGACGGCUUCUGGCCUACCGGUCCCCUACGGCCAAGCACCCCAUCCUUAUCGUCCAGCACCUCCCCAAGGGAUCUCUUGCGACCGCUUCGCGCGCCAGCCACGCGCUCUACGCCAAGGCGUGGGGGUAUCGCUACUCCGGGGAUUCUGGGAAAUACGUCGAGGACGGGCCGCGAGGCUUCCUCAACAAGGAGCACGUGCUGCGGCGCGUGCUGCUGCGCGAGCUCAGAAGCGAGCAGCCUGCACAGUGGAUAGUGUACACGGAUGCAGACACUUUUGUCUCAGACCCGGCAGUCCCACUGCACGUACUCCUUUCCCCGGCACCGCCGGACGCCCACCUGCUCUUCGGGCAGGACCACAACGGCGUGAACACGGGCGUUGCCGCCAUUCGGGUAUCCCAGCUCUCACUCGAGUUCGUGGACGCCGUCCUCGCCUGCGCCGAUAACAGCCCUGAUCCCUUGCUUUCGGACCAGCAUUGGAUCGGCAUCACCCUGCGGCGAAACGAGACUUUCAGCAACGCCUUUGCUGAGAUCCGCCGCACGUGGUUCAACGCCUACUUUCUCGACGAUGUCGGCGCCGGCACCGGCUCCGAGGCCGGCGACGUCAAGGCGGCCUGGUCUCCGCAGUGGCAAGUGCACCUCGUGAACCAUUUCAAGCGCAAGUACUCGUGGCGGCCCAUGGUCGAGCGUGCGCUGGUGGUAUACGAGCGCGGGGUGGAGGCUGCGGGCGGCAAGGUGGAGAAUGAGGGCGGGCGAGUGUCGCGCGCCGGAGAGGGGCGGAGGGAGAGAGAAAGUCGGCCCGUGGGGCUGGAUAGGCUGCCGCAGUUUGCCUGGGCGCAGGAGGCAGCAGAGGUGUGGUGGAAUGGGCGGAGGACGGGGCUGGAAGGGAUACGCUUCCUCGACGAGGAGCUCAUGAAGACGGUGAAUUGGCGGGGAGAGGUGUGGAUUCCGUAGACGUGUAUGAUAUAGGCCAUAGGAUCGAGUGGUACAGUCGCCAACACAACGAGCACGAAGUCACGUCAAGGCUGGGAUGAGCGAGGUCAGCGAUCGCGACUGUUGACCUGGCCCAAGCCCAGUUCUACCAUCUAACACACAGCCAGGCGAUUUCACGUGGGCAGACGCCGUCAUGCAUCCUCCAGUCGCC